UGUUGGUGUAGCUUUGUCUGGACGAGAACGCUGCACAUUUAAACGAAAACAUUGAGCGACGAGUUAGUUUGUGUAUCUUGCUUUUUAAUGAUGACUCGAGGUCCUACCAUCGUUCGGGUGAAUCCAAGUGGUGGUCAUAGUGGUGGGGGUAUAAAGUGUUGUUGUUGUCGUUGUUGUGAAUGUCUCAACUUGGGGUACUUGACUUCACAACCUGGUGCUUUGAAGAUAGCUGAAGCUAUGCUGGGAAGUUUAUGUCAAAGCUUGUUAGUAAAGUAUGGGUUAUCCGAAGCUAGCAGUAUGGGCUCAGCGUUCCACGGCUUCCUCACGACUGCAUCAGCUUGCCUCUUAACCACAACGUUGCUUAUCACCUGCUACGUAUUGUCGUCUAAUUCACAACAAUUGAUACGACAAUCUAUAUUUGAAUUUGCAUUCAACGCUGUGGCUUGUUUUAUGUACUUAUCGGCAUCAUCUUACAUGGGCGUAGCUGUCAAUAUAUACUUGUACCCUCGGUACGCGCUUGUCAACAUGUACGCAGCAUAUCCCGCUAUGACAGCUGUUUAUUACAUCGGCGUUGUCGUUGGAAUACUCCAUGGAGUGGAUGCUUAUGUAUCAUACAGAUAUUAUAAAGGACUACGAUAAAAUAACACUUCUACCUACUAUACCUGCAACAACAAGUAAUAUUUUUAUGUAUUAUUCUAAGUUUU